UAGAACUUUUUUCUUAAUUCUUAAUUUUCUUGUUUGAUUAUUUAAUUUAAAAUUUUCUAGUCUAAAUUACUUAGAAAUAGUUUUUUUAGCUUAUUGUUUACAUUUUUUAUAUAUAUAUAUUUUUUUUUCUGUAACUUAAAUAUUCACUAACAGACGGGAUUGUUUUAUCUAUUUGUUUAUUUUGCAUUUUGUUGUUUGAUUUGAUUAUUUUUUUUAUAAUAAUAAGUAGCAGUGAAUCUUUUCUAUAUAUAUAUAUAUAAUUGAUGAAAUUAUAAUCGGGCACGAUGGCGAGCGCGUGUCUGCAGCUGACCGGCUUUCUCCUGAGCUUUGUGGGGUGGAUCUGCGUGAUCAUCGCCACCUCCACCAGUGACUGGGUGAUCCGCUGUAAGUACGGCAUGAACACGUGCAGGAAGAUGGACGAGCUCGAGACUAAAGGCCUGUGGGAGCAGUGUGUGAUCUCCACCGCACUCUACCACUGUUACUCCCUCAACCAGAUCCUCGAGCUGCCUGUGUACAUCCAGACAUGUCGCGCGCUAAUGGUCACAGCAUCCAUUCUCGGGUUACCCGCUGUGGCACUCCUGCUCUCCGCCAUGCCAUGCUUCCAUCUUGGAGACGAAUCAGUGAAUGACAAGAACAGACGCUCAGCUGUUGGAGGAGUGAUGGUGCUCAUAGGGGCCAUAUUUGGUCUGGUGGCCACCGUCUGGUUCCCGGUUGGAGCUCAUCAGGAGCUCGGGCUGAUGUCGUUCGGGUUUUCUCUGUACUCCGGCUGGGUGGGCGUGGCUUUGUCUCUCCUGGGGGGCUGCAUUCUCACCUGCUGCUCCAUUGACUCCACCUCCUCACGCCACCAAAGUAACCGCCACUCCUACUACUCCAAACAAAGCACGCCCACCAACCAGACCCCGCCCCCUGGCAACCAUGCCAAGACUGCACAUGUCUAAUGUGUCUACAGUACUAUUCUACUCUCUCUCUCUCUCUCUCUCGCUCUUUCUCUGGUUUUCUCUCUGUUUUCAAAGGAUAUACAGUAAUUGUAAAUAGAUUUUUAUUAUUGCGUCAUUGGGAUUUUAAAAAUGUUGGUCAGUUUUUGAUGAUUUAAGCUAAAUAACCUAUUCAACAUCCAUUCAUACAUAUUUUUUUCUAAACAAAGACUUGGUAUAUUAAAAGUUUUUAUUAGAGUUUUUUUUAAGUUAUUUUAUUU